UCCCAGUCAGUCAAGUACCAGAGUGCAAAAAGCAUCAUCAUGACCAGUGACGACCAGUUUUUUUUCGACUAUCUUGCUUCGAUACCGCAUGACGUAAGAAAAUACUCGCUCCAAGUCGCCGAGUCGAUCGACCGACAAGUGGACCACGCCGCCAACGCACUCCGAGAUACCCUCUCCAGCCAGUCAUGGCUACCUACUGCCGUUCGACCGGUAUCCAGAAACCGACCUAGUACCCCCAUAUCGCAAGGUUUCGUGGAUCGCGUGCACGGCUGGGCUCUGCGCAAUCGAGCAUGGAGCGCCGCAAUCAUCGCUUUUCUGGGCACCAGCUGCGUGCUGUACUACGGGAACAAGAAAUUGAGCGGGAAGCGAAGGAGAGCCAGGAAAGCUGGGAAUGGAGCCAGAAAGGAAAUAGUGGUCGUCGCCGGCUCGCCUCAUGAGCAGAUGACCAGAGCGAUCGCCUCCGACCUGGAACGUCGAGGGUACAUCGUCUAUGUGACGGUCUCAUCUGCGGAGGAGGAACAUAUUGUUCAGUCAGAAAACCGGGCAGACAUCAGGGCCCUUUGGUUAGACCUUUCAGCUACACCUUCUUCUCCAUCCGAAAUCCAUCCCUCCUUGAAUGAGAUCUAUUCCCUCAUCUCACAACCCCAGUCGCCCAUGCCCGGUGUACCACCGCACACCUGCCAACUAAGCGGCCUCAUCCUCGCGCCAUCGCCGAACUAUGCCUCCGGGCCCGUGGCCACAAUUCCACCAUCCUCCUGGAUCGAUAUAGUCAACACCCGACUCCUCUCCCCUAUCCUAACAGCCCAGCUCUUCCUCCCUCUCCUCACCCUCCGCAACACCAACAGCACCAUCGUCCUCGCAUAUCCUUCCAUCUCCUCGUCACUCUCCGCCCCCUUCACCGGACCCGAAGUCGCAACCACCCGAGCACUAUCCGGGUUCGCAACCUCCCUGCGCCGAGAACUCGGCCUCCUGCAACACAACAACAUAGAUGUCGUGGAGCUAAAGCUCGGCAACAUCGACCUGGGCCCACAGUACCGCAACACGCAGAGCCACAUCACCGGCACGGAAGUCCUCGCCUGGAGCGUCCAACAACGAUCUCUUUACGCCUCACAGUACCUCAACAGCAUCGAACAGCGACCUGUCGCGUCCGCAGGCCCCAGCACGGUCCGCGGAUCGCCAGCUCGGACGUUGCAUUACGCCGUGCUGGAAGCAUUGGACCCGCCAUCCAAGGACAUCUUCGGCAGAAAGGUCGCCAAGAAGCCUAUCAUAUAUGUUGGUCGAGGGGCACGGUCUUACCACCUGAUCGGCGAGUGGGUUCCUGCCGGAGUGGUGGGGUGGAUGCUGGGGCUGCGGACUGGACCAGUGUCUCCAGGGGAGAAUAUAAGUGGGGGAAGUAGUGAGACGAGCUGGGAAAAGGUCUAAUAGGUUCUUUUUAAUAUUGGUGUUUGGUGGUCAUGAUAUCAUAUCUCCUCUUCUUUUCCCCUCUCAUCGCAUCGCAUCACAUCACAUCACAUCAAAUCGCAUCCACAUGGAGUAAUUUCAAAC